AUGUCACCUUCAAAUCACUGUAUCGACAUCCGCGCCUUCUUGUGGCAGACAAAACAUGACUUGACUCUCCAUCCAGUCCCAAUUGCAAUUCUGGCAACAAUCUACACAUUUAUCGUUGUAAUUGGAUGUACUGGUAAUCUGUUGGUGGUCAUUUCGGUAUAUCAGUUCAAAGCACUACAAUCUGUACGGAAUAUGUUUAUUGUGUCGUUGUCAGUGUCAGAUUUAUGUGUUGCAAUUGUCAGUGGUUCUGUCACACCGAUAACUGCAUUUGCGAAAGUUUGGUUGUUCGGGUCAAAUCUAUGUUUCUUACUCCCAUUAUUACAGGGAAUCACACUAAGUUUCUCUACGUUGACCCUUACUGCAAUUGCCAUUGACAGAUAUAUACUUAUUUGUCAUCCAACAAGAGAGCCGAUAAGAAGAGAGCGAGCAUUCAAAAUGAUUCUUCUUAUUAUUUCUGUGUCCACUUUACUAUCAUUCCCAUUGUUCUUGAAACAGGAGCUUGUGGAAUAUCGUAACUUUUGUGGACAGUAUUGUACGGAGAACUGGGGAGCCGAUACGUAUUUGAGGAGUCUUUAUGGCACUUCUGUGCUCGCUAUUCAAUUUGGGAUUCCUCUUAUCACUAUCACAUUUUGCUACGCAUCCAUUUCUAUCAAACUCCGACGUGGCGUCUUCGUCAGAGGAAGCCAAAAAGAGCUGAUGUCGGAAGCACGUCGUCAGCUCACACAACGGCGUCUCCGAACGAAUCGAAUGCUUAUCAUAAUGACUGUCACAUUUGCGUUAUCAUGGUUGCCAGCUGUCGGGUUCAACGUCCUCAGGGACUACUCUGCACUUCCAGGAAUAAUUGCUGACCAGGAUUAUCUGUUUGGAAUAAUUUUCCACUGCAUUUCAAUGACGUCAACUGUUGUGAACCCAUUCCUCUACGGUUACUGUAACGAACACUUCCGAGCGGCUUUUGUGGCAUUGUUGGAUUCGACGAAAGCUGCCUGUGGAAUGAAACGAAGCAAUAACCCAGCCUGCUCUCAAUUGCUCAGUAAUCACUUUGAGAGCACGACGAGACGGUCAGUGACCACAGUGCCCAGUUCAAUUUAA